AGACAUCGUACGGCCGUCGUCGUCACUCGUCAGUCUGCCGCGUCCAGCCACGCGCCCAGCACGUCCGCCGUUGGGAGCACGCACGCCGGUCGUCGUUUUGCGCGGGCGAUUCGUCCGAUUUUCAGUCGUCAACAUUUUCGUUACAAAUUCGUUUUUUUUUUUCCGUAGUAUUCCUUCCGUUUAUUUCGACUCGUUUUACUAUAAUUUUUAUGAUUAACGUUAUUAUACGAAUGCGACUAAACGGAUCAUAUUAUUUUUAGUCCGUCACGCGUACAUUACAAUAUACCUAAUAAUAUUAUAUACAGUUAUACUCAAAGUUUGAUAACACUGCAGAGCCUGAUCGCGAGUAGGCCAACGGUAUAAACGUUAUAAUAAACGUCGACGGUAUCAAGAGGGAAAACGUCAGUCCGAAGAGUCCGAGCACUGUCCAAAGUGGAACUUGCUACGCAGCAUCACCCCAUCAUCCACUAUUGCAUACGAGAUUGGUGACCGGCAACUAAAGCAUCAACCGACCUACGGGAACCACCCGACCACCCAUCUCCGCGCUAACCGGACCGGGUUAGGGUCGCGGUGCGAACAGUGGCCGGGCAGAGCCAUCGGCCCGCCGGACAGCCGCACCAGCAGUCGUGCACGUCCGCAGCCGCAGCCGCCGCCGUGCUGAACCGACCGGAGCUGCCGUCCCUCGCACCGCCGCCCCCACGACUCGUCUGGCCCGUUGGCGGCCUGUUCGCCCCGACCGUCGUACAGCCACCGCCGCCUGUCAUGCACCACCAGGUGGCCCACCCGCACUGGAUCGCUGCGGCUGUGCAGCCCUGGGGUCUGCCCCAGCAGCUGGCCCCGUCGCAAAAUAUGUUGGCGCUGGCCGCAAUGGCGCCAACCGCGAUGGCUCCGGCCACACCGGGCGCGGCGCCUAUCGCGUUCAUCGGACUGCACCCGCAUCACCCGCACCACCCUCAUCCGCACCAUCCACACCAUCCUCACCACCCUCACCACCAUCCGCAUCAUCUAAACGCGAUGCCGGCGCAACCACUGCAACCGUCGCCGCCGCCGCAGCAUCCUAAUCACAUGGCCGGCCAUCACCAGGCCACCACGGCUGCGGCUGCCGCCUUGGCCCUACUCAAUCAGCUGCACCAUCACCAUCACCAGCAACAACAGCAACAGCAGCAGCAACAGCAACACGAUCUUGCGCACUUGUUGCUCCAACAGCAACAGCACCAGCAGCACCAGCAGCUCCAGCACCAGCAACAGCUUACGCCACUGCCGCAGCUACAGGUGCGGGUAAGAAAUUAUGAAAAUUUCAUCGUUGGAUCCCAGGAAAAUGUCACGUCGUACCUCGAAAUUCCGACCGACGAAGAGCUCAUUACAAACAAACGUAAAUACUUGGCAGACGACCGGAGUGACUCAGGCAAGGAUUUGAAAAAAGCCAAGUUGGAAACUAAAGCACUGAAAGCAAAACGUCCCGGAUUUACCGAUGAAAGAUACAACGAGACAUCGUACUAUAUUGAAAACGGUUUAAGAAAAGUUUAUCCGUACUAUUUUACAUUCACUACAUUCACCAAAGGCAGAUGGGUAAAUCAAAAUAUACUGGACGUGUUCGCCAGGGAGUUCAGAGCACAUCCAGCUGAAGAAUACGAACGUUGCAUUAAAUCCGGUUCGUUGACCGUAAAUUAUCAAAAAGUGGACACGCAAUACAAGUUGAAACACAACGAUCUACUGGCUAACGUGGUGCACAGACAUGAAGUACCGGUGACCAACGAUCCAAUCACAAUCGUGCACAUGGACGACGACAUCGUGGUUGUCAACAAACCCGCGAGCAUUCCGGUUCAUCCGUGCGGUCGUUAUCGGCACAAUACGGUGGUGUUCGUGUUGGCCAAGGAGCACAAUCUGAGAAACCUCAGGACCAUACACCGUCUGGACCGGUUGACCAGCGGUCUGUUGAUGUUUGGCCGGACACCCCGAUACGCCCGCAUCAUGGAGGCACAAAUCCGCAACAGACAGGUGAACAAACAGUACGUGUGCCGGGUCGAAGGAAGAUUUCCCGAACAAACGAUCGAGUGCAAUCAUCCCAUCGAAGUGGUCAGCUACAAGAUAGGCGUGUGCAAAGUAUCCAACAAGGGUAAAAACUGCUCGACUACAUUCCAAUUGGUGGGCUACAACGAGAAGACCAACAUCAGUGUGGUCUUGUGCUUCCCACACUCGGGACGCAUGCACCAGAUCAGGGUACACCUUCAAUACUUAGGCUUCCCCGUGAAGAACGAUCCACUAUACAACCACAUAGUGUUCGGCCCAGAAAAAGGCCGCGGUGGCGUUAUCGGCAAGUCGGAUGAACAACUGAUUCACGAUUUGAUAAAUAUCCACAACGCUGAAAACUGGUUGGGCAUGGACGGUGACUCGGAACUGAUGCCGAUAUUGAAGGAUGUAGACGUUGUUGAAGAAGGAAAAAAAUCACCUCCAGAUUUCAAGAAGAACGACUCGGUGGUGGAACAACAUCAGUUGCAAAUAAAGGGCAAACAAACUAAUAAGCUACAGUUUCAAUACGAUAAUGCACUGAACGUAUCCACGCAGACAGGACAAGACGUACCGGACAUGGAUUUCGACGCGGAAAAGCUUACGCACGACCCUCAUUGCUACGAGUGCCGGGUGAAAUUUAGGGAUCCGAAACCAAAAGACCUCAUCAUGUACUUGCACGCUUGGAAAUACAGCGGGCCUGGAUGGAGUUAUGAAACGGACCUUCCAGUGUGGGCAAACGUCGAAUGGAUGGAGCCGGAAUAAACAUGAAUAAUUAUGAACCUAUAACAACAACAGGGUGGACCAUAUGAGUCGAUUGAUCGAUAAAAAUGUUAUUGAAAACUUCUAUAAAACCACAUUUAUUUUUAUUUUUUUGAUCAACUGACUAUAUUUAUUA